AUGCCAGUGCUGCACAAGGUAGUCCGUGGUGGUUCCCAGAUGAACAUGUCGACGGAAGAGUACGAGUACAUUGAGAGUUUGGAUCUGGACAGUGACUUGGACGGAUCUGAAUUUGGUCGUCGUGGAGGCGCCUUUUCGGCCGAAGUAGCCAUUCAGAUGGCACGCAUGGCCAUGGAAGAACGCCAAGACGGUACUAGUAGUGGAUCUCAUCAAGAUUCCAUCACCAUCAUUUCCGAUGUCAACAGCAGUACUCAGCAGUCCUCGACAGCACGGCCGAAACAGUCACAACACCGCAGUAGUAGCAGUGCCGCCUCUCGACUCUCGUCUGCCUCGUCGGUUGCUUCGGCGCCUUUUAUCCACAAGACGGCAGAACACAAAGUCUCGAGUCACUGGCGACAACACCCCAAUACAAACAAUAGUAGUAGUAGUAAGAAACACGCAGCCAAGCAACCACAACAACAACAACACAGUUACCGAGGAGGAGGAGGAGAUGGAAUUGCCAGUAUUGCCAGUUUGUCCGAAGCAGAUUUGCCCGCUUGGGCUCUGGAAUUGGGUGCCACAUCCUCCAGAGAUGACAGUGACACCAACACUUGGUACACCAAACAAUCCGACGGUACUCGAGAACUCUUGAAGCAAGGACUAGCAUCCAUCCGAGAAGCACGGCAAUCCGUCCUGUACGCCAAUGACUUGUCACCCAGUAGUACCGCACAAGCCGUGGCACCCGCGCACAACAAGCAUCAUUACCAAUCGAACAACAACAGUCGAGACGAACAAGACGACAGCUCACGAGGACGAUCCAGAAUUCGGCGAGGAGACUCCUUGGAUCGACCACAGACGAGGACACCCGCAUCUCCCUUGCCGCACGUUCCUCAUCAGAAUCAGCUCUACCCGGAUCAUCAUGACGACGACGAGGAGGUCGAAUCCGAUUCCAGUUCCACGGGAGGCGUCAAGGAACCUCCACCCGCUCCCCGCAUUGACUAUAGAUCCAAACUCAUCAAGGAGGGCACCGUUCCACCCAAGCCACCACGCCAAUAUUAUUCUUAUAAACAACCAAUAGUGCUGGAACAACCACUGUCCUCCAAUUCCAUGUCGGUUGAUACAACGGCAGCGCUACCCUCCAAAAUACCCAUUCUAUUCCAACAACCCCAACCAGCAACUCCGUCCAGAGAAACCAGAAGUGCAGAGAGAAAGAGAAAGCUUGGAGUAAAAAACAUUUCUCCUGCUCUUUCUCCACAAAACAACAGGUCUGUAGGGAGUCAUCAGAAUGUAGAAGUAUCCCUCACGUCGCCUGCGAACGCAUCACUCAAGUCGGCUGCCAACCACACAUACAAGACCAGUGAGUCAACGAGCAACUCGGUCGCCUCCAACAACAACGUCCUCGCCAGCCCCACCAGCAGCUCCUCCAACUUGAACCCCCGUUCGUCCACACCCACCACAGCCAGCUCGGUCAUAUCGUCCACAAGUAAUCGAGGCAACAAGUCCAUCUCAUCAUCCAACCGCGAAUCUUCACCUACCAUGACCUCCUACAUUUCCAACUCUUCUUCUGCCAACAAGUCCAUCUCUUCCACCACCAACCACGAAGCAUCACUGACGAACACUUCAAACCAAGAAGAGUCCACAAGCAACAAGUCUCAAAGUUCGGCCAAGUCCAUUUCUUCCACCAACCAUGAGGCAUCACUGACCAACGCUUCCACUGUUUCCAACACGCUGGCCAACCAAGAGUCAUCCACAAGUUCGACUGCCCAAUCCAACAACAACAACAACAACAACAAUCCCCAGGAUGCUUUCAACUGGGCUGUCAGGGCAGUUUCGUGGUCUCCCAGAAACAGAGAUGCCAGAUCUGUAUCAACCUAUCAUGGAGAGCCCACACCCAGAAUGUUCCAUCACAGUUCGGCCAGGUCGGUCUCAUCGUACCGAGAAUCGCAGACGAGUUCCUCCAACCAUGACCGAUCACUGACCAACAACACUUCCAAUAAUGAUGAUGUGUCCACCACCAACCAAGAAGAAUCCACCAGCAAUUCUUGUGCUGACCAAGAAUCCACAUCCAACGGCGCACAGGAUGCAUUUGGGUGGGCUGUCCGAGCUGUCUCAUGGUCCCCCAUGAAUAUGAACCACAAAGAUGCUAGAUCCGUCUCGACAUAUCAUGGAGAGCCCACACCCAAAUUUCAUCAGAGCUCGGCCCGGUCCGUGGCAUCCAACCAGGAGCCACAAUCGUUGGGAAAACGAAAUUUCAGCGCUUUGGAUCGGUCCGAUCAACAACAGGAAGAAGAACCAAAGACUACCGUGGAUGCUGCCGCAAGUGUGGCUUCCACAUGGGGAAGUCUGCCGUCACUGCUGCAACCACACAUAUUUUGGGUUCAUCCCGAAGAAGUCGACGGCGAAAACAACAAUAACAACAACACAAACAACAACGAUGACAACAACACGACCGUAGUGGAAGCCACUGCCAUUGAAACCACAUUUAUUGAACCUGCCCCAGUGGAAGACCGUAGCGGUGUUGCCAGUUCUGCAAACAGUGGCAAUAAGAAUGACAAGGAAAUUCAUCGACUCCCUCCCUUGGGGGAAGUCAAGUUGGAUCCGACAUCGAAGGUUACGCCUUUGCACGAAGCCCUGUAUCGAGGGGCAUCGGUGACAGAAAUCUACCAAUUGGCGGCCAAAGCGAAGAAGGAAUCUGGUGUCAUGGAAGCACGAGAUUCCCUUGGAAAUACCCCACUCCACAUUGCUUGUAUGGUACCCAGUAGCCGCAAUGACAAGGCAGUGAGGUUGGCUCUGAAGUUGCUGUCGUCGUCGUCGUCUCAACAACAACAACAACAACAACAGCAACAGCCGCAUGACCCCUACUAUGAAAGUGAUUCCUUGCUGCUGGUCAUCCAGUUACUCUAUAACUUGUGUCCCCGAAACAUUCGACGAAAGAAUGAAGACGGGAACUUGCCGUUGCAUCUCGCUAUUCUAUCGGCCACAGCGGCUGCCGUCGCGACCCCCAGUCAGUGCACCGUUUCUGUUGUCAGUCAGGAUGGCGCAACAGAACUUGAUCAUUCCAGUACGGUUACUGGAACGUCUAGAGUGUGGUUGGACAUUAUCGGAAAGAUCAUUUUUGAAAAUCCAUUGGCGUUGCACAUGCCGAAUCGAUACGGACAAACACCGUUGGAUUUGGCCAUUCAUAAACAGAAUACAUGCCCCGAUUUGGUGGCACUGAUUCAAGAGGAGAUUGCCAUUUUGGGCGAAAAUUUCAGUAGUGGUGGCGGCGACGAAACUACCACCUUGUCAUCCGCCACUCCUGCCCGCAGUCCACAACAUCAUUUCCAUCAAUACGGGAGAUUUGGCAAGCUUGGGGAAGCAUCCAGGAUUGGCGGUGUUUGGCGCCGCCAAUCCUCUGACCCCAAUUUUGCAGCUCAACAUCAACAAGCAGCGUUCGAACAGCAACCGCACGACUUUGCAGGUGCUGAAUCACCGUCGCAGCCUAAUGGCAAUGGUGCCCCCCCUUCCUCUCCAGAACACGCCUCGCCCAAACCACCAAGCGACUCUAAUCCAAAGUACCCACCAAUCUGGUUUGAUGGCGGAAACGACCCUUCUCACCCUCCGAUGGGAUCUACUGCAGCGAAGUACAGCAGCAGCAAGAGUCCUCUCGGGGUGAACUUCUGUACAGUGGUCCAAUCCAAAGUAGGCCUCAUUGGGUUUUUCAUGCUGACCUUUGCGGGGCUCUUGUUCUUGCCCAAGUCGGCCACUCACAAGCACAUUCGCGUAGCCUUUAUCGGGAACUCGAUCACUUUCGUCAAUGAUUUGCCACGAUUCAUGGAAGAACUGAGCAGAGGACGCAUUUCGCAGAACUCGUGUUUGCAUGGAGCGACACGGUUACGGACAAUCCUGUACUCGGGCAAUGGCAUGUACAACAAGUGGCAAACAGAUAAUGCAUUCGUCAAAGAAAUCAGCGAGGACGACGACUUGUACUACUACGUGAACGAAGAUGACGACGACGGCAAUGGAGCGAGCGGACCUCCUGCGAUCUACGACUUUGGAGCCUGCACAGUGACUCAGCUCUUGUUUGGGACUGACGACAACAUGGUCGCCGGCAAUGAGAACGGGCAGUACAAAGAUGACGGGAAGAACCCCUGCAUUGAAGAUCCCGCCUAUUUGCGAUACACACAACAACAGUAUCUUGAGGCGGCUAGUGACAACGCGGAGUCUACAGUCCAGCUAUGGGACUAUGUGGUCAUGAACGAUCAGACCCUUGGUCCGGCCCUACCUGAAGAACGCGAACUGGCCGAACAGGUUUUGAAGUACGUCUAUGCUCCUUAUCUCAAGCAAAUCAAAGCCCGCCCCGUUCUGUUGGCAACGUAUGCCUAUUCCUACGACGCCGAUGUGCAAUUUGACGAAGAUUACGACUACAUCUGGCAGGAUGUGCCAACCUUCUCUUCGGCAUUGUAUCAGGGGUAUUUAAAAUAUGCGGAAGACUUGACUGUUGCGCUACCACCUGGGCAAGAGCCGCUGAUUGCUCCAGCAGGUUUGGCCUUCUUGGUCAUUUGGGAAGAAAAUCGAAGCAUGUGGAAGAAGCUCUUUUUCACUGAUGGGUUUCAUCCCACGCCUCAUGGUACCUUUUUAAUUGGAUGCGUUCUGUAUGCCACACUCUACAACCGUAUGCCUGCCAAUAUCCCCGAUGACGUCGAAGAAUUGUUUUCCCGCGCUCGGAGGAUGGAGCUACUCCAAGCCGAUUCUGACGAUGAGGUCAUGCCUAUUCCCACCCAAGAGGAAGCGAUCUAUUUGGCCAGCAUUGCAGAACGAGUUGCGUUGAGGAAGCAUAUGCCCAGCAGCUACAUUGCUGAUAUCUCCGACAGUGCCUACUAG